AUGGCCAUCGAUCGAGGCCGGCGACAGGAUGCUCGCUUCAUCUUGGGCGCCGGGACCCGGCCUGUCUCCUUCUUCGUGCAGAUAAUGCGGGUUGUGGCCCGCGACGGGAACACCAAGCUUGCCGUCCCGUACGUCGUCGAGCAGGUGGCCAAGCGCUGGAAGGACCUCACGCCGGAGGCGAAAAACGGCUUCCAUGACGCAGAUGGCAUGCGUGUGCUGAUUUCGCUGCUGACGCAGGUCAACUUCAAGGCGCAGGACUGGCCAAAGGCCGAAGCUUAUUUGUCGUCCCUCUUGAAGGAGCAAGACUUCAAGGAGGUGCCCGGCUUUCACCGGGCCCUCCUCGUGCUGAUGCAGAAAGAGGGCUGGAGGCUCCCCGAAGCGCAGCAGCUGCCGCACAAUUUUCUGUUCGAGGUGGUGCUGGACCCCUUGAUGGAGCGCAUCCGCAAGUCCAACGUCAAGGAGAACGGUGAGCGCGAGGCCAUAGCUGCGAUCCACGACUUCGUUGACAGCACAGAUCCGACUCCUCUGGAAGAGCGCCUCCUGGCCACUGCACGCGCCUUGGAACAGCUCGAGAAGACGCACAGGGAUCUGAGGGAUGCGCACGUCAAGCCCACCAUGGACUAUUUGUGGGAGUUGAAAGAGACCACCGUAGGUGAGGCGAAGAGGAUCCUUGAUGAUGCACAGGCGAAGAUCGAUGCGAUUUUCGGCGCCCAGGUGCCGGGAAAAUGGCAGGAUCUACGAAAGACGGAAAGCAGGCUCAUCAGAGAGGCCACGCAAAAGAUCGAGGAGAAGGAGACGGCUCUGAGGGAUAAGGAGAAGAGCUUGAAGCGAGCUGCUGAAGAGGCCGAGGAAAGAAAGCAAAAGCGACAGAGGAAGCAACAACUGGACGAGGCGAAGAAGAUGUCGGAAAAACUUGCCAAGAUGGUCAAGAAGAUCACGCCCGACAAAGGUUCCCAGCCGACCUGGUCUCUGGUCUCCACCACCGAGGCUGCAGCCGACGAGGUCCGAGAGUGGUGCAAGGCCGUCCAUGUCAAGAAAGCCGAUUUCGACAAGUGCGAUGCAGAGGCCAUCCUGACGCCGUGGCUGCCUCAUGCCGAGCAAGCCUUGCACGGCUUCGAGGCGAAGAAGCUGUCGGAGCAGCUCGCUAAGCUGCUGGAGAAGAGCGCCCCAGAAAAAGGUUCCAAGACGACCUGGUCUCUGGUCCCCUUUAAUGAGGCUGCAGCCGAGGAGGUCAGAGAGUGGUGCAAGGCCUUCAACGACAAGAAAGUCGAGUGCGAGACGCACGAUGCCUUUGCGCGGCCCGCUGAGGCCGCCUGCCAGCCCUGGCUGGCAGAGGCGCAGGAAGCCUUCAAGGCUUUCCAGGAGCACCAGGGGCGUCUUGUGGAACUCCGCCGCCGCCUUGGACUGCUAAACAUCCCGGACGGCGUCAUCGCCCUCCUGAAGCAAGGCCACCGCCUUCACCGACUUCGGGAGCUCGCACAGCGGCCGCAACUCCUUGACGGCAUCGGGCUGCCUCCAGGCAUUGCCGACCGCCUCCUCGAGGGACAGGCAAACUUCGUGAACCUCGAGCCGAACCUGCCGAGUGGUUGGCGUCGAAGGCAAUCGAGCAGCUAUAAGCCGCUGGACUACUUCUGCAGUUCUGACGGAAACCAGUGGUUCUGGCCGGAGCAGGAUGCUGACCCGCCAGCACGCCCUUGGCCAGAGCCUGUGGCAGGGCUGCAGCCUGCGCCUCCGGGAAGCUGUGUGUACGUCCAGGAGUGGUCUGACUCCAGGAAGUGGUGCUUCUUGUGCCACACGGAGGCGACCCCGGAUCAUCUCGAGGACCAACGACACACAGCAAGUACAUCGGCUUGGCGAUUGCUGUCCGAGAAGCUUGAUUACCUCAGCGAAGAAGCAUCGAGGGUAAGUGCGCCAAGAAGCGGCGAAGAAGUGAGGGAGGACCUGAUCCUUCAGUGCUGGAAGGAGCACACGCUGAACUCCCUCGAGGAGGAGGGCGUGGACUCUCGGAUGGUUCAGCUCUUCGUUGUUCAGUGCGUUCAUCCACACUUCCCGAAAAAGCUGGACGACGGAGCAACCUUGGCGGCGACAUUAAGCAGCUGCUUCUCCAAAGCGGCUGCGAAGAGCAGGCAGCCGGAACCAGACGUCCUCAUCCACCCGCCGGUUCCUGUGCCCGGGUUCGACUUCCCAAUGGUUCCGGGAGGUAUUCUCGUGGAGAUCGAAAACCCGGAGGACAUUCAAGCGGCCAGAAGCCUCAACCAAAAAGACCUGCUCCGUCAUGGUCUCAUCCAAGAGGCUGACAAGUAUCGCUGCGUCUUUUGUGAGCAGCUGGUGGAGAACGACCCCUGGACAAUCGCGCGUCACCUCAGCAAAGCCAGAUCACAGGUUGGCCGGAAUCAUCAGAGGUAUCGCAAGUCCUGGGAGGAUUUCGCGCGCUGGCUGAAGCAAGAUGGAUGGAAGUGCAAGGAGCGAGGUGUCAACCUCUUUGGGCGCAACUGGAGCUGUGCAUGCGGGAAGAAAGGCGACGUGGUCGGCGCUUGGCUGCCCGACCACCUCGAUGAGAACAAGCACAAAGAGUGGGAGAAGACUGCAAAGAGGAACUCGAAGGCUGUAAAUCAGCGGUUGGAGGAGACGUGGACGAAAGCCUUUGAGGCCUCAGCCCGGAAGCACGUCAACAGGCUGCUGCUUGAUGCAACGCCUGUCGGGACGGCAAAGAGACGCCAGGAUUCCGAAGCACCAAAGGGCGAGAUUCCAACCGCCGGAGCGCAGGGGCCCGAUGCGCACCGAGCCGCCGGGGGAAAACGCCCGAAGCCGGAGGCUUCGCCGCAGACGCCGACGAUGGGAGAGGAACGUCCUCCUGCUGAUGGUGGUGGCGGCAUACGAGAGCCACCUUUGCCAGAGUUGGGCAAGAACUUCCCGGAUCUCUCGCGCGGCGAGUUUCAGCACCAAGGAGACAAGGUUUUCUGCCGAAUCUGCGAACAGACCAUGAGAAAG